AUUCACUGUUUCAUCAACCCUCAAUCAUUGACUGUCUCUAAAAUUUCACCCUACUUAAAAAAAAAAAAACAAUUUUCAAAAUGUCUUCAUCGAAAUGUCCGGAAAAGCCCCCAACAAGCGAUGUGCUAGAGUUGCUGGCGAAGGAUGAGAGAUCCAAAGGACUACUGGCAAAGGAUGAAAAGAGAUCCGAAGGGAGCAUGGAAGCCCUCGAGGCGAUCGACAAGCGCCUGAAGGGCCUUUUGGAGCGCCUAAAAACUGUGGAGGAGUCGAUGGCCAACUUGAGUCUUCCUCCCCUAGACGAAGGCAAUGGAGACGCCUUUAAGGACUUGGAGACCAUGGAGGAUGAAUUGGAUGAACAGGAGAAAGAACUUUUAGACUUUGCAAACGACGAAGAUAUGGGAGCAAAGAUAGAUGUUGAUGACAUCAAACAACUAGAUAAGAAAGCUACAGGAAAGCAAUAAUGUGAUUGUUCUGCAGUUCUCUAUACAUUAUACAUUAUACACAAGGCAAACGGACAGAAAACUAGUAAGAAUGGAAUAAAUAGAAAAUCGUGGCAUAAA